AAAAAAAAGAAGAGGACAAGCAGAAGGAUAUUUAAUAUAAAGACACAGAUAAAUCUGCGUUUCUUAAUUUUUUAAUUCUGUAGAACCUCUACUAUAUUUAGAUAGUAACACAGGAGUGAAAAUAUUUCAAAAAGGAAAGCUUUUUUUUUUCUUUUCUUGGGAUUGUUCUGUGAGCUCUAAUGGCGGAUCAAGUGAAAGAAAAAACGUUAGAGGAGACUUCCACGUGGGCCGUCGCGGUUGUUUGCUUUUUCUUGCUUCUAAUUUCGAUUGUCAUUGAGAAACUGAUACACAAAAUUGGAACCUGGUUUAAAAAGAAGAACAAAAAGGCUCUAUAUGAAGCUCUUGAAAAGGUGAAAGCAGAGCUUAUGCUGAUGGGAUUCAUAUCACUACUACUAACAAUUGGACAAAACUAUAUAUCACAAAUUUGCAUCUCCGAGAGCAUCGCAUCAUCAAUGCACCCUUGCAGUAAAGCAGAAGAAGCGAAAAGGUACCCCAAGAAAGAAGUCAAAAAGGAAGAAGGUGAAGAAGAAAACUCAGGUCGAAAGCUUCUCGAGUUAGUCGAAUCUUUCAUCCCUCGAAGGAGUUUGGCUACCAAAGGUUAUGACAAGUGUGCAGAGAAGGGGAAAGUAGCUUUUGUAUCGGCUUAUGGGAUGCAUCAGCUGCAUAUAUUCAUCUUCGUUCUAGCUGUUUGUCAUGUGAUCUAUUGCAUUCUUAUUUAUGCUUUGGGCAAGACCAAGAUGAGAAGGUGGAAGGCUUGGGAAGAAGAGACGAAGACAAUAGAAUAUCAGUAUUCGCACGAUCCUGAGAGAUUUAGAUUUGCGAGGGACACAUCUUUUGGACGUAGACAUUUGAAUGUCUGGAGUAAAUCUAGUAUUACUCUGUGGAUUGUAUGUUUCUUCAGACAGUUCUUUGGAUCUGUAACUAAAGUUGAUUACUUAACACUGAGACAUGGUUUCAUUAUGGCUCAUUUGGCUCCUGGGAGUGACUCAAGAUUCGAUUUCCGAAAGUACAUUCAGAGAUCAUUAGAGGAAGACUUCAAAACCAUCGUCGAGAUCAGUCCUGUGAUCUGGUUUAUUGCCGUACUAUUCCUCCUCUCAAAUACAAACGGAUUGAAUUCUUUCCUCUGGUUACCAUUUAUUCCCUUCAUCGUGAUUCUCAUCGUUGGCACGAAACUGCAAGUGAUCAUAACAAAACUGGGACUUCUGAUCCAAGAGAAAGGCGGUGUAGUGAAAGGCACACCGCUUGUUCAGCCCGGUGAUCAUCUCUUCUGGUUCGGUCGACCACGUUUCAUCCUCUUCCUCAUUCACUUAGUCCUCUUCACGGUAUACAACUCUCACACUCUUCUCCUUCCUUCUUCUUCUGGUUACAACAAAACAAAUGAAAAACCAAACCUUUGUUGCCAUUUGCAGAACGCGUUUCAACUCGCUUUCUUUGCCUGGAGUACGUAUGAGUUCACUCUCACUAACUGUUUCCACCAAAGCACCGUAGAUGUGGUCAUCAGAAUUUCAGUAGGAGUUGUUGUACAGUUUCUUUGCAGCUACGUUAUUCUUCCUCUCUACGCUCUAGUUACUCAGAUGGGUACGAAGAUGAAACCUACAGUGUUCAACGAGAGAGUAGCAACGGCGUUAAAGAGUUGGCACCACACAGCUAAGAAGCAGAUCAAACAUGGACGACACUCAGAGUCAACGACGCCUUUCUCUAGCCGUCCAACAACACCGACACACGGUUCUUCUCCGAUCCAUCUCCUCCGUAACGUCCACAAACGAAGCAAAAGCGCCGACGAGAGCUUCGCGAACUCUCUGUCUCCGAGGAACUCUGCUUUCGAUUCGUGGGAGCCUGAGUCCCAACACGAGGCUUCUUCUUCCGCAAACCAUCAUCAUCAUUCUAGGUUAAGAGAAGAAGACUCAGUGAAGAAGCCUUCUUCUUCUUCAUCUGUGGAGCUUCCUACUGGACUUGGACAAACACGAACACAGCAUGAGAUUAAUAUAAACUUGAGGGAUUUCUCGUUUAAGCGAUGAUUUUGUUUAUUUUUAAAUUGAUUAUUAGUGAUUUGUUAAUAUGUUGUAUCUAAACAGUUCUUGUACACAUUUCAAAUUAUAUAAAGUUUAAUAAACAUAUACAUUGGUUUGAGGAUCUGUGAAAGAUGUGCU